AUGUGGCGGGCGCUGCUGGGAGGUCGCCGCCUGUUGCGGUCCUGCUCCGCCGCGCUCGUGGCUGGGGCGCCGCGCGGGGGCGGGGGAGCAGCUGUGAGGGGAGCGGGGGGCGGCGGAGCGGCGGCCGCGACGGAGGAGCGGCGGCAGGUGGCAGACUCUUCUCUUCCAAAGUUCAGCAUUGACUUUGUUGUAAAUCUGCUGAGGCAAGAGAAUGCGAAGGACAUCUGUGUCAUCCAAAUACCUCCAGAAAUAAAGUACUGCAAUUAUUUUAUAGUUGUGAGCGGAUCUUCAACACGGCAUCUCCAUGCAAUGGCACAUUACAUGCUGAAGAUGUACAAGCAUCAGAAGGAAGAAAGUGAUCCUCACACUCGGAUUGAAGGGAAAGAAACAGAUGACUGGCUGUGCAUUGAUUUUGGAAGCAUAGUGGUACACUUCAUGCUGCCAGAGACACGAGAGACUUAUGAACUGGAGAAGCUGUGGACUCUAGGUUCCUAUGACGACCAGUUAGCACAGAUGACUCCACAGUUACUGCCAGAAGACUUUAUACUAGGACUGACUUCUGAACAGCAGUGAUCAACUUGUGACAAGAACUUAACGUAGCUGCUGAGGUGCCUGACUAGGAGACGGGAGUUGCCUCAGCGGACACAGGAGGCACAGCAACUUGGCCAUCACUAGCACGAUCAGCAUAAACCAGUGUAUCAAAAGAGCUGCCGGAAUGUCAUGAAGGGACAGUAUCAUAGGGGACCUUCCUGGAAGAUGUCUCAAUGGAGUUUGCAGUGAGGACGGUAGGAAAAGACAACCAUUUAAGCUACUUACCCCCAAAACUCAGGCACAGUCUCUGCAAGGGCUGUUUUUCUAGCAUCUUUGAAAGGCCUGCCUGUGGUGGCAGUGCAUGCUGAAGUACCUUUCCUGCAAAAUGGCUUGAGUGCUGUACAGUAAAGUUACAUUAAGUAGUAAAGUUUAAGUGAGGCUUCUUGUGUGAAGUCAGUUGCUUUUGGUUGAGGUGAAGCAAAUGAUGUGCCGAGCUGAAGGGAGAGAGAAAACAGUGGUGUUGCUGAACUCAUAAAAGCCAAGAGUAGCAGUAACAAAUGUGUCUUGAAUUAACAGAAUAGUAAGUCAGUUCUUCAGCCAAGGCCAAUCUGUUUUUAAUAAUAAUAAUAAAAACACAACUGAAGAACUUCAA